AUGUCUUACUCACUCGUCUUUCCCAAUCAACCGGAAGAUUUCGAAUCCCUCCUUGACAAAAUGAUGACCGAACGCUACGGUGCUCCUCCGAACGGCUCAUCACAACAAAGCCGCAAGCGUCAUCUCUCAACAUCCGGCACAAGUCCGGUGAGCAAAACCGUGCGUCCUAAAAUGGAUGUUAUCGAAAAAGAGGAUGCCUUCAUCAUCUCAGCUGAACUGCCUGGUGCCCGCAAAGAGGAUAUUUCGUUAGACCUUCACAACGGCCGAUUAUCUAUCUCUGGGAAAACCAAGUCUUCUUCCAAUCAUUCCAGUGGCAGUGUUCGAGUAUCUGAGCGCACAUUUGGAAACUUCACUCGAACCAUCGCUGUGCCUACCUCGGUCAGCCACGAACAAAUAAAAGCAUCCUUCAAAGAUGGCGUUCUUGAAGUAACUGUCCCCAAAGUCAAGAACAGUCAAGCAAAGAGCAUCUCAAUCAAUUAGAA